AACUUUUAAAUAAAUAUUUGGUUAAUUUUCUCUUUUUAGGCAAAUAAAAUAGGUUUUUAAGUAAUUAGUUUUUUUUCUCUUUUAGAAAAAUAUUCAAAAAGUAAAAAUAAAAAUUUAUUUUGCUAGGAUUUGUUUUUUUUCUUUUCGUUUUGCUGUUUAGCUAUUCAUUUCUUCUCUGUUUGCAGAAAAAUCCCUCGUCAAAGGGGCUAAAAAUUGGGUCAACAAGAAGCAAAGGGGCUGGUGCUGUUUGGGCCAAAUUAGAAAGCCCAGUGCUGAUUAAAAUGGAGUGCAGUGUGUGCAAGGAGUUGAGCUGAAGCCUUCUUAGCCUAUUAGUGAAACGGUGCGUAGAAGACCAAAGCUGAAGGGGGUCUCUUGUUUUACCAUUGAUUCGUGCAGAGGAUCAGAUUUGGGGAAUUUAUCCCAAUCUUCUCAACACUCAAGCGAGGGCUUGCAAAGAGGACUUCUUCCCUAAUUCCUUCAACCUAGGUUCAUGGUUCAGCAAGGAGGAGAACCAAAGUGGAGAAGCAAGCUCCAAGGCCCAAAAAGGAAGCCGGCCUAGAGCUAAAUCGAUCCGGGAAGCAAAUCGGAAGGAGUGCUGAGCUGGAUUGGUUGUUAGAAGCACGUGCGAAGCAGUUGACAGUUGAAGGCAGUGCGGUUCAGAGUUGUUGAAGAUCAAUCAAGAAGCUUUCCAGUUAGUUUUUUUAGCUCUUUCUUUUCCCCUUUCUUUUCUCUUUUCGUUUUCUUUGUUUUUCUGACCCUAUAAAAAGGGCUUUCACCAUGUAAAUAGAACACUUCUUCACACACACUUUUUCUUUCAGUUUACAGUUUUCCGUUCUAGAGUUUAGGGUUUUAUUCGCUUUUCUUAGAGUAGGAUACUGUUCUUGAUUCUGGAUUUCGCUGAUGAGAUUCAUGGAACUGUGACAAUCCGUGAGUUCCUCGUUCGGUGAUUUCUGGUAAAGUGUUUGUAAUUUUCCUUUUUCAUAUUAAUAAAGUUCAAAUUCGUAUUCUGGUUUGUGUUGAUUUUGUUCUGUGAUUGUUGAUUUCUGCCAUUGUUAUGUUCUGAGAAAAUGAAUUGGAUUCUGUAUCUCUGCAUUCUAUAAUUCCUUUUGGAAUUAAAUGACUCUGUAUUGAGCAAUUUUUACCGAGAAGUCUUCUCGAGUUAGAGUUGAAUCCAAUGCAUAAAGAUUCAUUCGGUUUUGUGUUUCUAUUCUGUUUCUUUCUAUUUUCCAGUAUGUGUGAUUUCAAUUUCAGUGUUGUAUUCCUGUUCUUGUGAAAGUGUGCAUUGAUUGAAUAAUUGAGUGAGAAUUUCCAUUUUAAGUUUUGAAAUAUGAACUCAAAAGACCCCAAGGAGGGCUUAACUUUCUCGGAAUGUCUUUCUGAAGAGGAAUUGAGACUCUUUCAUUCAGUUUAUUGCACAUUUUCCUCUGUUGUUUGCUUUCUAUCCAAUAUCUUUAGUUUGCUUCUUCAUUUUCAGUUUUUCUGUUGACUUUAUAUUAGAAUAGUCUUGGUUUUGAUUGUGAUUUUAUUUUCCUUCCAUUUAAGUUUUGUUAUAUGUUCCACUGUUCUUAGCAUUUUUAGUUAGGUUUAUUUUCUUGUUUUCUUGCAUCAUUUACCUAUUGCAGUGAUAAUGUUUAGAUUCUGUUAUUAGGUAGUAAUAAUGCUCAUUAGUUUAGGAUCAUUUUAGUUGCAUUUAAGUUCUCAUAGUAGUUUCAAUUUUGUUUCUGUUUAGGUAGUUUAGAGUUCUAUUCUCAUUUCAAAUUACAUUUUAUUUCUUAAUCUUUUUCCUUUAUACAGAUUUGAUUCGUUCAUUCUUUUCUCUUUAAUUUCAUUGUUCAUAUUUCAUUUCCCCACCUUGCAUUAGUAGUUCAUUAGGUGUUAAAUAAAUACAAGAUUCAAUUCUACACUUUAAACUUAAUUCUAGCCGAGUCUUUGGAUUGAUACCUAGGUUGUCCCUAUACUUCAUUAGUGGGGAAACUUAGUUUGUUCUGGUUUUAGGCGACAAAAAAUCAGUUUAACAAAUGGCGCCGUUGCCGGGGACUCGGCGAGUUAAGUCUUAGAGUGUUAGGUUAGUCUUGUUUAGGCUUGUUUUCUUGAUUUUAUUUCUGUUUUGUGUUCAUAUAUGUUCCUUUUUAGUUUAGGAUCUGUUUGUUUUGUUUUCAUUUUUGUAUAUUAGGAUCUGUUCUGCAGAGUAGAAAUUGUGAAUAUAGCUUGUAUAGAUUUUCUUUUCUUUCAAUUCUUUUGUUGAAUUCUGUGAUAGAGGCUUUAUUGGUCUAAUUGGUUUUUAUCUUGUGAGCAAUUGGUAAGCAUGGAUCACUCCUCGGCAUAUGGUAAUUUCUCAUUUCCUUAUAAUGCUCAACCACCAAGAUUUGACAUGUUUUAUGAGCCUAUUCCUGAGGUUUUUAUGCAGCCAGCCAAUCAAGCUUUCCAGCAGCAACCACCACAUUGUUUUCAACCAUAUCAUGAGCAACCACCCUUGCAAGUGCAGCAGCAGCUGCCACACGUAUACUGGGACCAAUAUGCUGAACCAGAGCAGGAGAAUUUCCUGUCGGAACAACCAUGGCAGCCAUCUUUUUUCCAUUAUGAUGCACCAGAGCAAGAGGAAUUCCAAUCAGUACAGCCAUGGCAAGAUCCAUUAUGUGAUCAGCAGCAGGGGAUUCCAGCAUCUGAACUUCAAGGGAUGACCAAUCAAGUGGCUGAAUUAGUAUCUGCUAUCAACAAGCUGACAGGGAGAGCUAAAGAGGAAGAGGGCACACCUGUUGCCAUUGAGUUUCAAGGUUUUGAGAGUCAAAUCACUUCAGGCAUUGUGAGCUGUACACCACAGUUUUAUCAAGAUGCAGAUCAGCCGUGGCAACCUCAAUUUGGUGAAUCAGAGCAGCAAGAUGUAUAUUCUCCAGACUGUAUGGCACACAUGUGGAAGGUGGCAACACAAUUGGCAAGGGAAUCAAAUGAAGCACAAGCAACGAUUGAUGAUUUGAAGCAACUUUCAACAGCACCACAACAGUUUGAUAUGCAGAAUGUUGAUUUAGACUCUAACUGUUCUGAUGAGUUUCAUUGUGUUCAUAAUUCUAGUUGCACUAUUUCUCCAGCACUUGAUUUAAAAUCUGACUUUCAUAGUGUUAAUAUUGAUAGUGUUGAUUUGAAAGAAAUUGUGUAUCCUGGUUGCGAUGUUACAUCAGAGUUUAAUGGUGUUGAAUCAAAUUAUGAUUUUAAUAGUGAACCUGCAGAGCAUGCUGAAUUCGUAACUGAUAGUUCACUUAUUAAUAUGGGUCUUGGUGUUUAUGCACAGGCUGACAUUGUGUUUGAUGAUCUUGCAACAGAAAUAAAAGAGGAUGUAGACCAUGAAAGCAAGAGUGCAGUUGUGGUUAAUGAAGUGGAGUGCAAGUUGGCUGAGAAUGACUCUGAUGAGGAAGUUAGUGAGCAAAUAAUGCAGCUGUGCAGAAUGUGAUAUUGUGGCCACUGAAUCCUCUCAUACUGGUACUGAUAUUGAGGAGGUUGCAUACACUGAAGGCACAAAGGUUACCCUGGUGGAGGUAGGAAAGAAUCUCAAUGAUGCUCAAAGAACUUGGACCACACAAAAUGAACAGCAAAGGCAUGAGGAGCGUUGGUUGAUGCAGCAAGGUGCUUGGAAAGUGCAAAACAAGAUGAAAGCCUUGAUUGGAAAGCUGUUAUUGCUGCAGCAGAGAGAUGGGAAGGAGCUAAUGCACACCUUGGCUGACCAUGGAGCGAAACCAAUACCAAUAAGCAUUUUCUUUACCCUUCUCUUCUUUUGUAGUUAUAGGUCUCUAUUAGUAGCUUGCAUAAUAAUAGGUAGUAUGGUAAAUAAUAAGAUACAAAAUAUGCUGUUUUUCAUAAAACUAAAAAGAAUUAAUUUUGAUCUUUGGCCAAUUUGAAAAUUUUUUUUUUCUUGUAGCUUUGUAGAUUUAGUUCAGUUUUCACAGUUUUGUUCUUAUACAUUUUGUGCUGCUUUCAUUUUGAUUCCUGUGUUGUGAAUAAUUGUGCAUCUGUGCUGUUUAGGAACCUUUCUUACUCACACAUUGAGGACAAUGUGCCUCUUAAGUGUGGGGGUGAGAAGGUAUAGAUUUAAAUACUUGCUUUUACUGUAAUAUACAUCUGUUAGUAUGUGUUUUGUAGUUAAAAUAGGAGUAAAAUUUUUUUUUAGUUUCUUUCUGAGUUGCUUUUAGUAUUGUUUCAGUUUGUAAAUACUUAAAUUUAGUUUGUCAAUACUUAGUUUUUUUUUAUGCUUUUGGAAUAUGUUUUAGGUUGUAGGAUUAGACUUUAUUUUUGCUUAUAGUUUCUGUAAUUAGAAUUCAUAUUAGGAUUUCCUUUCUCUUCUUAUAUUCUUGCCUUUUAUUUCACGUAUUAGAUAUUCUUUAAUUUCUGUUUUAGCAUUAGCAAUUGUCUUAGGUGUUUUUCAUUUUCAUCUUCUGUUUUAGUUUUUGCAAAUAAGCAUUUGUUUCAGUUUCAUUUUCCCUUAUAGGUUCUGUUCUGAGAUUUUAAUUUCUGAGUCCUGUUCUGGUUUUUAGUAAUUUUCUAGGAUCUCUUCCAUUCAUUGCUACUAUUAGGAUUUUCUUAGGUUUUUUUUUUUCUUUUAAAUUUGAGUCUGUUUUAGUUUAGCUAGGUUCAGAGUUAACUCUUUGCUUAUUUUUUUUCCUUUUACUGUCUUUCUUUUGUAGAAGCGUUUUAGAUGGGAGUUGGUUUAGGUUAUGUUUAGAGUCCUUUCUUUCUUCUUUUGUUGUUUUCUUUCCAGACUUGUAAUUAGGAUUUGUUAGCUUAAUAUCAUUCUGCUUUAGAUGUCUCUUUUGCUGUUUUACUUUGUAGAGCUUUAGUUUAGAUUCUUUUUGGUUGCAUUCUGUUCUGUCUUAAUUUGUCUAGGUUGUAAAUAGCUUUAGGUAAUGUUGUGCAGGUAUUUCUAGAUUCUAUUUCACAUUUUACUUAACUUCUUGCUGAUUUACUUAACUGUAUAGCUUUAUUUCUUUAAGAUAGAUUGCCAAUAGUGUCUUUAGCUCUAGAUUUGAGUAGAUGUAGCUCUAGUAGUAGUUUUUGCAGUUAGUUCAAUUCAAAUAAGCAGUUUUUGCAUGGUAGAGAGUAGCAAGUCCAUUUUUGACAAAUCUUUAACCCUGGAGAGUUUUGGGCCAAUUUUUUCUAGUGUGAUUGCAUGCAUGUAUAGCCAUAGUUUUGAUUUUGUAUUAAUUCUCUUUGAUGUGCUUGAUCUUGGUAGAACUUUAGAGAUGAUCUAGGCCUUCUUUCUUCUUCCCAUUCACAUUUCUUUCCAUUGUACCCUCAUUUGAGCCUUAGCCUUUUCUUUGCUUUCCAUCCAUUACAAACCCUUUCCCCAAUCAUACACAUAAAACCUUAGAGUCGUGUGAGAAGUAGGGAGAAUUUAGAACUCAGAAAGCAGAAAAGAGUAAGGCCAGAGGUGAAAUUGAAGAGCUCUAAAAAAAGAAAAAUCUGAUCUGAAAAGAGAAGAAGAAGUUUGGAAAAAGAGAAAAUUGAUUGAGAAAAAGACCUGGAAAAAGAAAAUAUCAGAAAGAGAAAGAAAAAAAAAAGGAUUCUGGCCAAGCUAAAAGAAAAUACCUGCAGUGAGUUUCAGAUUCUCCCUUCUUUCUUGCACAUUUCUCUUUUCCAUUCCAGUUUCUGCUUCUAUUUCCCAUCCAUCUGCCCUUUCCAUUCUCCAUUACAUUACAAGCCAUGAAAGUCCUAGUGAUUUAGAGUUAUCUUGAUUCACGUAGUGUCAAUUAGAGUUUUUCCAAAGUUAAGAAUUGUGGUUUAUCAUGACAUGUGGAGCGAAAGACAGGCUGACCUAAACACUUGAGUGCUUUGAGAGAAACACUUUAUCCUGUGAGGUUGAAAUUGGGCUGCUACUUCUCUGAAUUGUAAUUUUCUGCUUGGUUUGGUUGAAUUUAACUGUUAUUUACUUGCUAGAGUUACUGAAACAUACAUUUAGAGUUGAUGAUUCUGUUUGUGCAAUUUUGAUUAGAGAAAAUAGCUAGUUGUUGUGUGAAUUGGUAGAGUUGAGUUAAAUUUGAUAAGAGUCUAGUGUUCCUUGUUGUGUGUCUUUAUUUUCUUUUUAGAUUGAGUCUUUGCUUUUCCUUUAUCUUUUUAGUUUGUCCCUGCCCAGGAGGGCAGUUGUCUAAGUGUGGGGAUGUGAUAACUCUCAAGAUUUGCAUAUUUUUCUCGAUUAAAACUCUUUUCUUAAGGUUCUUUAGCUUUUAAUUCUUUAGAAAUAGAAAAGAUUAGUUUAAAUAACUAGAAAUAACUUUUAAAUAAAUAUUUGGUUAAUUUUCUCUUUUUAGGCAAAUAAAAUAGGUUUUUAAGUAAUUAGUUUUUUUUCUCUUUUAGAAAAAUAUUCAAAAAGUAAAAAUAAAAAUUUAUUUUGCUAGGAUUUGUUUUUUUUCUUUUCGUUUUGCUGUUUAGCUAUUCAUUUCUUCUCUGUUUGCAGAAAAAUCCCUCGUCAAAGGGGCUAAAAAUUGGGUCAACAAGAAGCAAAGGGGCUGGUGCUGUUUGGGCCAAAUUAGAAAGCCCAGUGCUGAUUAAAAUGGAGUGCAGUGUGUGCAAGGAGUUGAGCUGAAGCCUUCUUAGCCUAUUAGUGAAACGGUGCGUAGAAGACCAAAGCUGAAGGGGGUCUCUUGUUUUACCAUUGAUUCGUGCAGAGGAUCAGAUUUGGGGAAUUUAUCCCAAUCUUCUCAACACUCAAGCGAGGGCUUGCAAAGAGGACUUCUUCCCCAAUUCCUUCAACCUAGGUUCAUGGUUCAGCAAGGAGGAGAACCAAAGUGGAGAAGCAAGCUCCAAGGCCCAAAAAGGAAGCCGGCCUAGAGCUAAAUCGAUCCGGGGAAGCAAAUCGGAAGGAGUGCUGAGCUGGAUUGGUUGUUAGAAGCACGUGCGAAGCAGUUGACAGUUGAAGGCAGUGCGGUUCAGAGUUGUUGAAGAUCAAUCAAGAAGCUUUCCAGUUAGUUUUUUUAGCUCUUUCUUUUCCCCCUUUCUUUUCUCUUUUCGUUUUCUUUGUUUUUCUGACCCUAUAAAAAGGGCUUUCACCAUGUAAAUAGAACACUUCUUCACACACACUUUUUCUUUCAGUUUACAGUUUUCCGUUCUAGAGUUUAGGGUUUUAUUCGCUUUUCUUAGAGUAGGAUACUGUUCUUGAUUCUGGAUUUCGCUGAUGAGAUUCAUGGAACUGUGACAAUCCGUGAGUUCCUCGUUCGGUGAUUUCUGGUAAAGUGUUUGUAAUUUUCCUUUUUCAUAUUAAUAAAGUUCAAAUUCGUAUU